CAGCCGGCGGGGUGCGCAGUGGCCGGGCGAACACGGACAGGCCUUCGGGGGCAAGGAGCUUGCUGUUAAUUUCCCUUUUUUAUUUAUUGGUCUGGUUUGUUCUUGUUUAGCUGGGUUUUUUUGUUGUGUUUGGUAGUUUUUCUCCCACAACACCGCGGCGGUAACUCAGUGCGCCGGGAAAAGGGGAGGUCCCUGCGCGGGGUCUGCGUUGUGUCAUCCGAGCAGCCGCGGGUGGGAGGAGAGUCCCUGGCGAAGCGACAUCGCUGACAUCGCUUCAGCGAGGCUGUGAAACGCUCACACCUCUCUCUUCGCGUGAGGAGAGGAGGUCCGAGCUAGCAGAGCAACCCCCGAACUCAGGGUCAAGCGGAACGUGGGCCCAGAAUCCAGGGAAGAUUUUUCAGUGCUUGUAGUUGAUGUGCCUUUUCUUUUGCACGAGUGAAAUUAAUUAAUCUGUAGUUAUACUGCCCGGGAAGGGUUUUGCACCUGGAGGAGAGUAGCACCUCCUGCUGCAUCUCUAGAAGUUCUCUUGAAUGUUUGUGGGGAGCAGUGUUGGCUGUGGUGGAGCUGAGUGUUCUCAGGAUGCCCUGCACUGCACAUGGGCUUUACUGGGUACUGCUGGUCAGUUAACACUGAAAUAUCUGAGUUGCAUAGCAUGUGAAUCUCCGUGGUGCACAAAGACUUAGAAAGUUUAUUCUAAAUUUAGAGACUGUGUACUUUAUAGGAUGUGUUAGAAAGCUUAGAGACUGUGUUUAGGUCCUUUUUCUAUACUGUACCAUAUUCAGCACUUUUUUUUUCAGUGUAGUUCUUGAUUUGCAGUUGUCUGUGCACCCAGUUAAGCAGUUUAGAAGAAUGACUUUUGAUUGGAUUUUUGCCACACUAUCUAGAAAAGAAAUGUGUACUGUAGCAAUGAAGAGUGGUGUCAGACUGUUAGUUUUAUCUUUAAUGCAGGAAUGAAGAAUAUAUACUUAUAGAUUGAAAUUUCAUUUGGAAGAAGUAUGCUUAUUUAAAAUUGUGUAAGCAAAUGUAUGUAAUAAAAUAAGUUUUCUUGUAGCUGAGUCAGGCUCUCACAGAAUUUAUUUUUCUCUCACCCAAUAAGAAAGAAAGAAGUCUGGAAAAAAAGUUGUACACAAAAGUCUUUAUUUUGAAGUUGCAUUGAAAGGUAGGAUCAGGAAAUUUGUGAAAUAGGCCUGCUUUUAAAAUUUCCUUUCCUGAUAUAGUGAAUUGUAAUGUAGUAAGAGUUCUUGACAGAUCAAAAGUCAUCUAAAUAAGAAACACGAGUUGUUGCCUUGUUAAGAUAACUGAUCCUAUGAAGAUGCGUGCCUUUGCAAAAGUAGUUUAGCAUAGCAAGUGAAAAACAUCAAUAGGAUGUAUUGGGUGACUUCCACAAACACUGUAAUGGGUAUUUGUUGCAAAGAGUUGAGCUGUCAUUGCUACCAUUUUUGCACAGUAAUCUCCCUGGUGGCCCAUAUUAUUUGUUGAGCUGUGUUUGUUUUGAUUCUUGGAGUCUUAGGAAGAAUACCAAAAGUAUUACUGUGCUGUACCACAGUAGGGGCUGUUUGGGGGGCAGACAGGUGGUUUGCAGGGUGAGUCAUAUUCAUUUGGCAUCUGAGGUAAUUGGAGGUGUGGAUGUCAUUUGAAGCUGUGACCAUAAAACUUACCAUUCUGUCAAGGCUUGUCCUAAUAGUUUUUUGAAAAAUAUUUUGACCAAAGUAUGGGUAACAAAUUAGUUCUAAUUCUUUUAAUUCACUUGAUACAGUAACAACCCCCCUGCAUGUUAAUGGAUAUGUCUGUAAGCCAGUAGAGCCCACUUCAGUUAGAAUGGUACUUCAGCAAUCCUGUAUCUAUAUGUUUAGUAGUGUAUUUUGACAGGUUCUAAAGAGCUACUUUGCAUUUAUUUCAGUUGGAAAAUAUGUUUAAAGGCUUCACUUAAUACCAUGAAAUAAAUGCUCAAGUUACAGAAACAACUUCAAAUGUGGAAUAAGCAGAUAAACCUAGACUACUAGAGAAGGACAACAAGCUCAUCUCAGCCUUCUGUUCAGAGCAUCCAUGGACAUACUGUGUUUGUCCCUAAAGAAUACACUGACCUGAACCAGUGUCUGGAACUUCAGCUUCUGUGGUUUUUGAUAGCCUGGGUUCAAACUCACUAUGCAGUUUAUCAGGGGAAUGUCCUGAAGCACUUGUAGUGGUGCUGUGCACGUUUAAUACAGGGACAGUUAUUUCAGUUGUCAAGGUGCAAAAUGCAGUAGGUCUUACAAGAACCUUGGUUGUCAUACAGGCCACACCUGGCUGUCUGUUUAUGUGGAGCAGAACUAUGACUUAUUUAUAUGGGAAAUUGAGGUAAUUAUUGAUGAGCUCAUAGUAAGGAGUGCAGUACUGUGCUAGGAUGACAGAGUGGAUGGUCAUGUAAAUUGCUAAAUGUUCAUGUGUUGUGGUGGAAAAAAUUACUUACAAAUUCUGCUGCCAAUGGCAUUAAUCAUUCUGAGUAGUUUAAAAACAGCUUUUCAAAUUUUAAGUGUGAUGUUUUUAUACUAAAUCCUUGUGCAGCAUUUCAGGUAACUAAAUAUGUGACUGUGGAAACAGAGAGAAUUCCACAUGGCAUGUGUGUGUGUCUUUAACAGUUACUAAAACAGAACCUAAAAAGUUUGUGGUUGUUCAGAUUCUGAAGUCCCCUAUAAUUUUUAUGUAUUGCUGUAACAUCGUCAAUAUCUCUUUGCUAGAAGAAAAGCAAGCAAAAGAAAAUCCAAGGUCAUAACAAAUUUGAGAUUUAAAUGAUGCCAUUAGUUGAUACUAUAGAAAAGUGUAAUACAGAGAAAUGGUUCUGAUCCUGAAGGUUGCUUAUGGAUUAUUUCUCAGGAGCUUAGUGAUAAUUGGUUAUAUCAAAGUGUUCUGUCAUGUCAGCUUAGUGUCAGAAUGUUCCUAAACCAAGAGAAGUUUCCUUAACCCAGGUGCUUUUAAACAAUAGCAAAAUCUGCCUUUCGUUUUGGUGUUGCUAUAGUCUACUUUGUAUGUUAACUAGAUCUUUAUUGAUUAUGUGUCUGGUGAAUCAGAUAUUGUUUGGCAGCUUUAAAAAAAAUAUUGUGGUGUAGGGUUCUGAGAGUACUGUCAGGAGCCUGCAGCAGUAUUUUUGAGGCCUAAAAUUUGGCUCCUAGGUAAUGGAUAUGUAAUACGUUUCCAUGAUUGUAAUAAGGUGCUUUAAGUGAAAAGUAGUGGUUUUUAAAAGGAGAUGACAAAAAAAUCAAGUACUUGUACCAUACCAAGAAAAUCCAGUGCAAUUUCAUACAGCAUAUUAAUUAUGUAACCUUUCAAACAUUUUUGAAAAUAAGUGUAAAAGUAAUAAAAAUUAAUUGUGAUUUAUCUUCUAUGUGAAAAUAAGCGAAUAGUUAUCGGUAGUUAUGUUGUAGCACCAGCAGUUUGGAAGGAAAAAACACAGAUUUUCCACUCCAUCCAAAAGUAGAUAUGUAGAGCUGUCAUUCCAGCCUGUGGGCAGAAUAAAUAGCUCAAAUUCUGGAGCUCUGGUGAGGGAAGUGACUGUGGAGCUGUAAGGACCUCAAAGUUGUCAGGUUUAUCCUUUCCCAGCCCUUCCUCCCAGUGAUUCUAAAACAGAUGUUUAUUUGAAUACUUUUCUUUGGUUUGUUUUUCUGAUAGAUAUUCUUCAGCCUCCCCAGGCAAUCUGUUUGAGGGAUACAGUGUCAUUACUGGCAGAAACAUUUCCCUUACGUCAUUUCCAUGUGUUGUUUCUGUGUCAGGAAAAACGAGGAUCUUUUUUGAAGCAAGGUGUUCAAAAACUGUAUGCAGAGCAUAAGAUCUGAUUCCAUUGUUGGUCAGGAUACAAGGGUUACUUUUCUUGUCUUGUAGUUUUCACUCUAAUGUAGCUCUGUGUGUUGCUCUUUGCCAAAACAGAGGGAAGCAAUGAUUUGACUUUGUUUAUUGUGGUCUUCUAUAAUCCUCCACUGCUCGUCUGCUUAGCUGAACAUUGCCAAUUGUUCUCUCUUUAUUAAUUCCCUCAGUUGUUUAUUCCUACUUGACAAUAAUCUCUCAUGCUUCUCUUUUUGAGAAUGAUUUUACUUCUUCACCGGUAUAUUGCAAUAACUUCAGAUUCUGUUUUGUAAUACUUCAGGUGAACUCUCAUAGUCUGUUGACUGGAUCAGAGGCUUUUGUUACCCUUAUAUCCAAGACAAAGAAUUAUGAAUGAAGAAGAGUUUGAAGUACUGAGACCUCCCUGUUCUUCAGGAGGAAAAACAAAAUCAACAACAAAACAAAAACGCCUCCAAACUUUGAAAAAAAAAGCAAUGGGCCAAGGACUUGGCAAAACUGCCUGGCCCAAAUCUGCAGGAGGAUAUCAGACUAUUACAGGUGAAAGAAAACAUUCCUUUCUUGGGCUUAGACCGUUUUUGAAUAAUCAAGACAGAGGUGGACAUCAACGAAAUGACGACUGCAAACAAUUAGAAUUGGAAGAUGUUCAGAAAGAGAAUUCUUUAUGUAUGUACAUAUCUUUGGCUUUCUGUGAAGAUUCUAGUCCAUUGGUUCAAGUUUCUACUGAAUUAUUAGAUGAACCUUUGUCAAAAGAUGCUGAUAUUAGAGAACCUGUUUGCCAAAGUGCAUCAAGCCAAACAUCACCAAUUUCUGUAUUCUGCUAUGGCCUUGAAGGCAACAAAAUCUCACGGGACUUGAUGAAUCCUUAUGAAAAAUCUGAGGACUUUGCAGAAUGCACAUCUGGAGGGCAUGAUGAUUUGAAUGGUAAAAAUGGAAUUGCUUUUGUAAACAUUGACUCCUAUGAGCCAGAUAGCAGUGAUGGAGAUGAAGAGGAUGUUCUAGACGAAUAUUCUUGGUUAAGAGAAGCAGCAGGUCUAAUUCAGGGAAGACUAGAUAACAUACUUUCUCAGUAUGAAAAAGACAUGGGGUCUUUUAAUGACUUAGAGUCCCCACUGUCUGCUUUAAACCACAGCAUUUCUAGAGAAAGUUGCGAAGAAGGAGGUCCAAUGCCUUUGGCAUGUCCAAACCAUAGGACACUUAAAUCUGCUGAAGAUGAAGCUGCACCAAAAAUUAGCCUGAGUUAUGAAACACAGCAGACAAAACAUAUAGUGGAUGUUGGAAUUGGAACCCCUGUACCAGUUGCUGAUGUAUUAAACAUUGGUGAUGGAGACACUGACCAAGAAAAUUCAUCUGAGCUGGUAGUGAGACCUAAAAUUAGAACACAAAAUACUGCUAAACAACUGGAGGGAGAAAAUUAUCUCACUAGUGAUGAUGAAGAGGAAAAUGAUUCCUGGAGGAGAACUGGAAUUGCUGAUGUCCAGCAGUGCCAUCCUGAGUGUCCCUUGAGAGAUGGCAAAGAUGAGAUGAGUUCUGGUGUUCUCUUUCUCUCAAGAAUGCGCAGUCAUCAAAAGAACAUAGAAACAGACUUAAGAAGAAAUGCACUAGCUCGAGAGCAAAACAAUGUCCUAAGUGACAGUGUUUUUUGGAAUGAGUUAGAGGACCACAACACACAUUACGUAAUGCCCCACAAAGAUGAAGACAGCUCAGAGUACAGUGAUGGAGAAUGGCCUACAUCUUUGUCUUCCUGUCUUACUGCUGUGGAAAACGAGCAGUCCUCAGGUGAUGAAAGCUGGGAGACUGUCUCAAGCAGGCAGGAGCACGACCCUGGUGUGCAGAGGAGCAGCAGUAGUGUGAAAGAGGAGAGCCCAGACUUCUGUUUCCAAGAGGAGCAGACGUUAUUGGAGGAAGGUGAAAUUGCUUGGUUACGGUACCAAGAAGACCUAGAAAGUAGCAGUGAUGAGGAAAAUGGUCCAAUUAGUGAUUUUGUACAUCUUGGACUCUUCUUGUUGGAUGGUAAUAACAAUCUUGAGGAUGACUCCAGUGUGAGUGAAGACCUGGAUGUGGAGUGGAGAUUACUUGAUGAGUUUGGUGAUGGUCUAGGACUUGCUCAAGCCAUUCCUUACAUGGAACCUCAAUUUUUCACAUAUAUGGCACUAGAUGGACACUUAGAAGCUGUGGAGUGAAAACUACAUUGCCUUUAUUCGCCUUCUGUUCGAACACCAGCUGUGAGGAUUGCACUGAAUUGUUGAAUAAUCUCUGCUAAUGUGUAAGUAAUACUUGCUGACUUACAUGAGAGUUGGUCCUAUUUCUUACUGAAAAAACAUUUAAUUUUUAUUAAGUAAAGUAAAAAAUACCUGUUGGUAAAGACUAUAAAUGAAUACAGGUUUCACUUUCAUUUUGCUGCUCUAUUUCCUCUCAUAAUCAUGUAAGAUGGUGGCUGCCUUCUUAAACAAACAAACAAACAAAAAACCAAAACAAAAAAAAAAAGUAAGACUCAAAAACCCAACAACAACAACAACUAAUCCUACCAGAAACCUCUCACAAAAAAUUAACUAGUACUUGCAGCACAGAACCCCUGCAGAUUGAGAAGGAAAAGAUUUGGUGGUGGCUGACUGUUGAGGAAAAGCCCUAAAUAGUAACACAAACAUCAAGAUGCAUCUUGAAGAGGUGGUAUGCAGGUAUUGCAAUACUCAUAUUUUCACAUUGCUGGAACAUUUUCCUCUAGCUUUUACUAUAAGCAUUUCCUACAGAACUACCUGAAUCCUCAGAUAGUGGUGGACAUACACACUUGGAGUAGAGUACAGCUGACCUCCUGCAUGUGCAGGCAGGAUAAUGAGGAAUUUUGACUAGGUGCUUAAUUAUGAGCUUCUUAAUGCAAUUGGUGCAAAAUGGGUCAUCUGUCUUGGAAGGCAAGCUGCCACAGGUGGGCUUUCCACCCCUCUGCCCUGCCCUCCCUACAACACAGACAAGUGAAAACUGGGUUUGAGAAGCAGUUCUUACCCCAUGGCUCACAGUCCUGUGUGGCACUCAGUUUGCCCAUGCACUGUAGGUUGUUUACCCUAUCAGCCUUUUUCCUUUAUAGCUGUAUUUGUGCCCAAGCUGCCUGGUUAUAGCCUGAUUCAUCUACUUAUAAAAAUAAAAUUGUAUUUUAAAACUAUCCAAACCUUAGAAAGUUUGUGGCUCUUUUUUCUCCUCAGAAUUUGCAUAGGUGGGCAAAUAAACAGCCAGAGGUAUGUAGAGAAUUCUUGUUCAAGAAAACCAAAAGCCCUAAAUAUCUCAAAUGUCUGGAAAUUUAACAUCUUUUUUAGCUCUGUAUUUUUAGCUUGACUAAUAACAUUUACAUAAUCAGAGAAGAAUCUGGUGACGACAAAAUCUUUUGUUCAUUACAUCAACUGGUGUCAGAGAGAAUGAUGAAAGAGCAGCCUUUUAAGAUUUUACUGAGAAGGUAAGACUUAUGUUCCUUUUCAGGUCCUGCAUAAUACUUCUUACUAGCUUUCACUGGUUUCCCCUCUAAAUAAGAAUUAAAGACUAGUGCUAUCUAUCCAGGAAUCUUGCUGAAGGCAGGAGUAAGAACCAUACAGGAAAACAUAUUGUUCAGGACUAGUUUUUCCCUGUAUUGACUAUUUCUGUACUUUCUUCUGAGGACGUGAUCUCCUCUCUUCAGCUUGUGACGUCCCAGAUUUUCUGGAGAGCCAUUCCCUUUGGCAGUCCUGCCACAGCCAAGUCUCUGUGACAUGACCUGAUCCAAAUGGCACACAAUGUGUCAGCCUCCUGUCAUUUUUCCACUUGGCAUGCAGCAGUGUGCUGUUUAUUCUCGAAAACAACAGCAAAAGAAAAAGACUCAGAAAUGUGUUUUCUGACACACAAAUUGGCCUUCCUUUGGAAAACAACCUUGCUGUCAAAAGGCAGGGUGCAGAUAAGUGUUUGCUGCAUGAGGAGUGUCAGUGCCACUGAAGUACUAUAAUGCCCUCCUCAGUCCUAGAUUAUGGAGCAUUUCUCCAGAAAUGAGACAGAAACACAGAAAGAGCAGGCUCAUUCCUAGUGUGGCUGUGGUAGUAUUUUUGAGGCAAAGCAAGCUUCCCACAUGAAGAAAUAUCUUCAAGGUUUAGCAACAGAUUGGUUCUGGCCUACAGCUGCCUUUAAAAAUGUGUUUUAAGACUAAUUUCCUAGUAGUCACAUAAUGAACUUGUUUAGAAAUUUGGAAAGAAAGUACUUAAUGAUGUUUUUGUGAAUUCUUGAUGUUAAAAUAAUCAGUAGUUUAUCUGAGAACAGAGGAAAAGCAUAGUUGAAUAGUUAAGAAGCAGAAUGCAGAAGCAGAGGGACUACCUAGCUGCUCUCAGUACAACAGGGCAAACAAGAUCCAAGAAUUGCCUUGGAUGUGCAGAACUGAACUCUGGUGACCUCUGAGAGGAGCAGCUGCCAAAUCCCCAGUUUGGAUCCCUGCUCCUUGUCUUCACACCUAGAACAGGAAGAGGAAGAGGAGGGAUGCUCAGAGCUAAAAAUCAGGCCUUUUUAUCCAUGCCUGGCCUGGCCAUCUGGGAUGGGCAGUGUUGCAGCAGAAGUUAUUGCCAGUUUAGGAACUGCCACUAGAGCAGCUGCCAUGCUUGCUUGGGACUGCAGCUGUUGGUAUGUCAGUAGCAUACAGCUCUGUUUUCCAGAAGAGUUUUGCCAGCUUUUGGUAACAGCCAGGAGCCUUAAUCACACUCCUGGAUCCUCGAAGGUUGCUCAGAUGUUGGGAGACCACACAGUGGUGUCUUAUGCCAUACAGAGCUUCCAUCUUUGGCCUUAGUGUUGGAAACAGAACUUAGGUGCUUAUGUCUCUGCAUGGUUUUCUUUGAUUCAUAUAAAGGUGUGAUGCUUCAAGUCUUGACUGAGUUUAUUGUAUUCCAUGUAGUGUAAAGAAGAAAGUAACUAUAUAAGCAGUGGUGCAAUGGGACCAUUGGAUGCUGCAUUUAAUUUUGCAUCUCUCUAGCAUCAGAAACUUGAAGUGUCCAAAAAAGUAGUUGAGUGUUAAAAGCUGUGCAGAGAAUGACUGGUGUUUUGCUCAAGUCAUUAGAAAGUGCAGGGAUGGAGCAGACCCAGAGCAAUGUCACGGGGCCUGGUGUUGCGUGCUGAAUUCCUGCAGCACACAUGGAACACCAAGCCUAGCACUAUUUCUAUGUGCUCCCACACGUGUACUUAUUCUCCUGUCUUGUGUUGUUGCUGAAUAUAGUCUGCACAGCUUCCACCACUGUUGUCACGACUCUCUUAAAACACCAAUUAGAUCAGAAAAAAAAAAAAACCAAAAAAACACAGACAUCUUGGAGCCAGGUCUUAGCAGUGACGACAGCUCCCUUUGUGCUGUCUUACAAAUACAUCUGGUAAUAAGAAAUUAAAAUAUAAAUGCCAGUGAAAUUUCAUGGGGCACACCUAGGAAUCUCAGGAGAGGCUUGGUGUUGAAAGGGCAACAUUUCCUAGGGGCUGGAGUAGGGCAGCUGAAGUCAGAUUUAUUCAGACACUGUCUUGUCAGGAAAAAAAUGUAGAUCUGAGUAUGAAUAUGCCCCUGUAAAGAUGGCGGGUGCUCUGUUUCUUACUUUCCACAUUCUGUUGCUCUCCUUCCUGCUUGCUUUCUGUGCCUUGGGAGGAGCAACAGGCCUGUCAUGCCUGCCAUUUGAAGCAUUGCAGUAGCCCAUCUGACCUCAAAAGAUGUGUCACAGUGCAGCUUUUGCUGGAGGCUGUACAAUGGAUGGGUUAUUCUCAAUGGGAAUAUGAGAGUCACAAAUCAUUUCCACACAGAGACCCGAGAAAUCACAUUACAGACUUAAAGGCCAGUGGAAAGUCAACAAAAUGCCCUUGGGCCUGAGCAAACUUUUGUCCUGGAUCACAGAGAUGGCAAAUGUUGAGAGAAAUAGAUGUUGCAUUGGAAAUAGGUUUUCUGCUUCUGCAAUGAAAUAUUUCUGUUCAAUAUAAAAAUAAAUACUUUCCAUUUAGCUGAGAUUAUCAAUUUGUUGGGCCACCAAAAGGUAAUGUCCAAGACUGGAGCCUCAGGCUUACUGAUAGCUGUCUUCAAUGAAGGAUCCUCAGGGUCUGGGCAGACUGACAUUCGUGAGCUGCUGACUGGGUGCCUGACCAUGGCCCAUGUCUGUGAGCCUCCUCCCAACACGGGCCAUGGCUACCACACACAAAAAGUUGGAUACACUAAGCAACAUCCAGGUAUUAGUUUAUCUUUCUACAAGUGAAACAAACAAGACUUAGUCAUAUCAGUUUCUAAGAGGAAAGACAAUCUUCUUAAUGCAGAGUAUAUGCAAUUCAUUAUUCUUUUCAGUGAAAUGCAGAGUGCACCUUGCUGUGCAGGCCAGCUGCUCAUUUAUAAAAUUGAUUAUGCAUUCUCUAAAGCCAUCUCUAGGGAGCAGCUAAAUUGCAUCCACUGCCACAAAAGUCUUUGAUAUCCCCAUGGUUGAAGAAUAUUAUAAUAGCAAGGAAUAAAAGAAAGAUAGGCUAUGUUCUGAAUUUUGAUGUUUGUCAGAUUUUGCUUGCCUCAAAAUGUUUCAGAAGAAUGUGUUUCUGGCAUAAAAGCUGCCCUUAACCUCACAGCAGGAGCACCCCAAGAAGUCUUGGAAAUUGAAGGCUACUUUUAUUGUAAAAAAAGGUAAGAAUUCAUCUGCUUUAAAUUUUUUCCCCCAUAAUAAUCAUAUGCAUGGUUCAGAUAAUACCAUAUUGACUCUUUGAUUCUGUUGCUUUAAUAUGACUUCACCAUAAUCUCUGUGAAGAGUAUAUAUGAUAUAUAUGAUAACACUGUAUGAAAAGAUCUAGCAGUUUAGUAGUCACUCUAUAUAUCAAAUAGCUGGGCAUCAAACUGCCUGAACUUUGACUUCACUGCAAUUUUCUGGAACAAUUUUUUCCCUGAAACUAAUCCUUAAUGAACUGCUCACCCUCCCCUCAAUAAAAGCUUCCCUAUACCAGUGUAGGCAAACAUCAGAAUGUAAAGCAGAUACUGCUUAUAAGUGGAUCAUGAAGAAACUGCAGAAAAAUUAAAAGGCUGCAUGGGUUUUCCUAUUUGCUAGUUUUUAAUUCAUUUAAACCUUUUAUUCUACAGUGAUUUUGUAAUUAGACAAGCUAUAGCUAUAAACCGAAUAAUCCCUGAGUGACAGAUUGUGGCAUAUAUUGUUUAUGCUUUACAAAGUCAUCUAUAAUCUCUGGCUUUCAGGAACUGCUUUAGGUGGUAUUUUCAGCUCAGAGAAGGGGCAGGCCUAUGGAAGGAUGCUGGAGCUACCAAGGUCCAAGACAGCUGUUGCCAUAGACACCAGUUUUGAAGGGGCAGAUUGAGCCUCUUGAGGGGAAGAUCUGGUCCUACCUCCAUGCUUAGCCAAGUGUCUCCCACACAUUUCUGGAUUAAGGAUGUCUGUGAGCCUCAAAAUGGACAUUUCCCCAGUUUGGUAGCCAGAGCCAGACUGAGUCUGCAGGGAGGUAAAUUUGGGAGGUAAAUUGUUCCAAGGUCUUUCCCUGCAGCCCUAAAAGCCAAGGUCACAAGUGCUGGACAAGGGCUUUUCUCUCUGCUCCUCCCUGUUAUGAAAAUACGGACUUCAAGGGGCUGGAAGAUGUACUCUAGUGACUGAUAUAAACACCUACAGGGUGCUUACAUUGCUUAUUUUAUUUUAUCCCUCCAACCCUGCCUGAGGAACAGCCCUGACCACCUGCUUCUUUCAACCAGUACAUCUGCAGCUCUUUCACAAGAGAGUUUCAGACUUGUGGGGUCAGAGUGUGGAAUGUGACUGCUGCUGUGAGCUGCAUCCUGAGGAGUUCCAUGAGCACUCCCUCAGACCUUAAACUUCUCUGUGUGCUCUCUUGUGCUGGUUUGGCUGGGAUAGAGAUAAUUUUCUUCACAGUAGCUGUAGUUUGUAUUUGCAGUGAAAACAGAAUUGAUAACACAAGGAUGUUUUAGUUAUUACUUGAGUAGGGCUGGCACUCAGGCUUUCCUGCCUCUCACACCACUCCAGCAGCGAUCAGGCUGAGAGUGCACAAGGACUUAGGAGGGCUUUUUUCCAUAGUUUUCCUGUUUAAAUAUUGGUGCUGUAUUUAAAAAACAAACAAACAAAAAAAACCCAACAACAACAAAAACAAAAAACCCAACAACAAAAAAAAAAAAAAACCAAAAAAACCCAAAACAAAACAAAACAAAACAAAACCCCCCCAAAAAAAACCCAAAAAACCCAUCCUAAGGUUCAGAGAGCUUGACAAAGCCCCUGGGCCUGAUCCACCUGAAGUAUUGGGGAAAGACAGAAAGUCAAAGUAUCUCUCUGUAAAUCAGAUGCAUAGCACAAAAAUGACCCCUGUUCAGGCCCAGACUUUAGAUACCUGACCCUCUGGGUCCAUAGCUGUGAGUGAAAUGGAGCUGUCUAGCUCCAUCAUAUUUCAAGGUUCUUUAAUUAUAUUUAGCAAGAUCUAGGUCACUGCAUUCUUUUCAUUUCAGACUCAGGGCAAUAGAGUAGUGGAAAGGAUUUUUUGAAUGCACAGGGCUGUAGGUUUAGUCAAGUGAAGGUCUUUACGACCAAUGGGGGUAAGGGCUUAGUAUGUGUUUGUCUGACAUUAUACGGGCUGUGAUUUCCAUGUCUUAAUGUUAAAAGGAUGGGCUUUCAUAGCUAUUGACUGCAGACUAAAUUUUAGCAACUGAAUAAUCCUACUAAACUUUCUCUGUACUUUCUCUUUAGUGAAUUGCACUUGGCAGUGCAGCUUUUAAGAUAGAAAGUAGAAAAAUAUUUCAGUAUACUCCAGGUGUUUCUAAUGCAAUCUCAUUUUUCUUUCAGCUGUCAGAGAAUUAAUCCAUCAUGAGUUGGAAAUGUCUCUUGAAGAUACAUGCAUCUUCCCAUUACAGCAUGGUCAAAUGCCAGCCUGUUUCUUUGAGAAUUCUUUUGAAGAUUCUAAGCCAGUUAGUAGCUUGAUUUUUCUCUCUCCUGACUUCUUUUUGCAGCAGAUUAUGUCAUUGAAAGCUAUGGGAGCUUAGCUGUUAGAAAAAUAGAGCACAGUGUCUCAUUAUUCUGUAUUCUCAAGACAGAGCUAUUUCUUUAGUCCUGAUGCAUUUCUACACACAGUUUAGCAGCAGUGCCUUUACUGUAGCAAACCUGCAAGGAACAGAGGGUGAUGGAAGAGAGGAAUACUGAUGAAAUUGCAUCAAAGACCUCUGUGUGUUGCAGUGUUAGUGGUGUGUGCAUGUGUCAUUGACUUGUGUAUUUUCUGUGGUUAUCUGUAUCAUGUCCCUUGAGGUGUAAAGUGUACAGUUGUAAUCCAGACUUUUAUCAGUGAGGUUUAUGUAUUUUUGCAUUUUCUAAUGGCUGGAACAGGAGUUCAAGGAGGACUGAACAGUAGCUGCAGUGUGUGAUGGAGACAAACAGUUUUCAUAUCAGGAGCUUAUCUGAGGAGAAAACUGUGGCCCUGGUGAAACUUCAUACUCAGUGAUCUGUAAUGGCCCUUGUGCUCUACACUAAGUGCAUCUUAUUGCAGAUUUCCUCAGACCUAUUUUUAGAUGGUAGAUGUAUCAAAAAUCUUAAAUAUAGCAAUGCUUGGCUUUUGGCCCCCCUAUGGUCCUUGGCUAAGUUAAUUUUCCAGAGUGUGGAGCUGGUGAAAACAUAGGGAUCUAUGAGAACAUUUAUGGAAGUCAGCAGACAGUGUACCUCUAAAUUGAAUAUGCUGGAAAAAAAAAAAACAAAACCACACAACAACCAAACCACUCCCCAAAACAACUCUCUCCCUCCCAGCUUUUCCACAAAUUCCCCGCAUAACCAGGCUGAAGUUGGUCACAUUCUUCUGCUUGGAGUCUUCAGAUGUGAGCCUCUUCUCUGUCUCUGAACAAGAUUAUUCUCGCCCUCAUUUAACAAAAUUGGCAUUUCUGCCAAACAUCAAGAGAGGAUUGUAUCAAAACAUCUUUGCAUGCAAAGUAUUUGGAUCUAAAAGGGAGAAAAAGAACUGAUCCAGCUUUGACAUGCAAAUGGUGGCUGUCUAGAAAAAUAACCCCAAAACAGCAUUGCUAUCCAGGAUCAAAACUUCCAGGACAUUUGAGCCCAAAUGUCUUCUGUAUGGCCUUUUGCCAGCUGUACAGCACCUGCGACAUUCGGGCUCACAAGUCAGCAAGACAUAAAAUGUCCCAAAUGAAGAACUUGAGAUGAAAUACCAAAUAAGGUAUUAUGGUCACCUGGGAAAUGGGGAGCUAUCUACCUUGGAGCAUUUUACUACUGCAGGCCAUGAGGUUUCUUAGGAUAAGAUGUGCCUCCGUGGCUAAAUUUGGCAUCUCAAGAAUAGGGAAAUACUGUGUUCUGCCAUUUAAAGUGGUCCUUGUGCACCAGCGUCCUUUGGGAUCUUGUGAGAAGUUUUUAAUCAACGGAAUCUUUUCAACAGCAAGUCUUUCAACUGUACGUCUAAACUGGAGAAACUGUUGGACGGUUCAAAGGCCCUGAUUUCCUCCAAGGCUCCUUUCUUUAGCCUCAUGUCAACUUCACUGCAGUGACACUUCAAAUGAGGAAAUCUGAUGACCCCGUGCUGCUCAGUGUUUGGCAGCCGCAGGUUUUAAAACAACAUAUUUCUCUUAUUCAGAGGCUAGGCAUCACUGAGCAGAACAGAUUUAGCUGCAGUAACUUUUUCUAAAAUAAUCCUUCUAAUAAAUUAGUCUCACUAGAAUUGUACCAGACCUGUGUGCAAUCCCAUGCUGUGCUGUCUUCUGUUCCAACAUACACUGGGGAAAUUCAGCGGACGAGCUUUGGACUUACACCUCAUCCACUCAUGAUUACUGAGAGAUGGUGGGGAAAAACGCCUCAAAGGGUUUGUAAAAGGUAACAACUGUAUUCUAUAAAAAAAAAAAAAUCGACACAAACCCAAGGUACCUCAGUCCCACUUAGGAAUCAGGGCUGUAAAUUGCCUAAUGUGCUAUAAACUCCUUCUGUCAGGCACUAAGUCAUGCAAAUCACAGUGCUCUGCCAGUCUGCAGAGUGCUUAACUACUGUGUAAGGUGCAGGUACCCCGAAUCCCAUCUUUCUACCUGGUUUUGGGUCUUCAAACAAGGUGCCCCUUACAGGGAGCAUUAGGCUCCUCAUUAGUGGAGGAAGUUCUUCAUAUAAGGAUAUUCAUACUUUAUGUUACCAACAGGUUCUUAAAACAUUAUUUGUAUUUCUUAAAGCAUAAUAAUGCUCUUAACAAUAAGUUCUCAGCCCGUUUCAACAUCUCCUGUCCCUUCUGUCCUCUACGUUACUCCUUGCUUCAGUUUCUUCUGAUAUGCAAAAGGUAAACAAAAGUAACACAAAAUUGUGAGUGAGGAUCAUACAGAGAUUAUCUCCAGAAAUUAAAAAAAAAAUCAAAUCGUGUCUCCCCCUGCUGUGUGAAACAGAGUAUUUUGAAUUGUGUCUAUUCCCAAAAGCAAUGUUACUAGAGUUGGUCUUCCACCCGAUUACAGAAACAAAUGAACAAACACAAUUUGUAAAUAUCAAAUAGAAUGAGACCUCUUGAUACAAACAUUUUACAUUUAUUGGAAGAGUACAGUAAAACGGGGACUGCAGACUCAUUAGUGGUAAGUGGUCCAAAGGAGAAGACAAAGGACUAUUCAAAAAAGGUCUGCAGUUUACAAGAAGACUGAAAAUCUCUUACAUAAACAGCCUAGGAAAAUAAAAAGUUAGCUUGAGUUCUAAAGUGUAAUUUAAAAGUGUAUAAAAAAUUGGCAAAUAAAUAAAGUUAAAAUGCAGAUCUAUUUAAAAUUAUAAAGGACCGACAACUGGCAACUGUAUAACAUAGUUAUCAUUUUCAGACUUGAUUAAAAGCCAGAUAAACUCACAAAUGUUGUUUCUUUUCUUUUUUUUUUUUUUUUUUUAUUUUAAAUGUGCUUUAGGGAAGAAGGACCCAUUUCCAGUGUUAUGUAUUACCAAUCUGUUUCACAAAUAUAUUAUUUUUAAACAAUAAAGACCAUGAAAGGUGCUUUACCUGAUAUUGCUGGUGUGUAUUUUGGCACAAAAUUGAGAACUGGAUACCUAAAGACAUCUGCAAUUGGCAUCUGUGCCCACUCAAGGCUACUGGUGACAAAAGUCUGGCUUGUGAUGGCAGGCCAGUGAAGUGAAUUUCCCUCCUUCCCUAACACCCCUGCUCAGUCUCCAGCUGCCAACAGUUACACAAAGGAAAAGCAACAUAUGCAAUUUUAAAAUCAGCAGUCCUACAACCCCAGCCCAAGUUUCAUCCCUGGAAGUCCUUUAAUAGAAGGUACAUGGCAGAUGUUUAAUGCAGGCUUUCACUCCUCAAUAUUUCUCUGCAGGAGUCUGCCUGCCUAUUGUGUCCUGUGUGAUGAACCUGUAUCAUGGGUUUUUCUCCUAUUACAUGCUUUCAGCAUUUCAGUGAAAAUAAAGUGGGAAGCUUGGUGAAAAAAAAAAACAACUUGUGAUUUACAAGUAAUGGUACAAUUAACACUGGAAACAGACAUCUAAACAGACGUCUCAGUUGAGACCCAGUGCAAGAUCAGUUCCUUGUACACAACAAUAAUGCUUAUCUUGUCGAAUUGCAGGUCUCAGCACUUCACAGUGGUGGGGAUGUAUAAUUAUUCCUGUAAGUAAAUGUUGUAUGGCAUAGUGAAUUCAAAUUUCUGAAAGCAGAAUGAUGAAAAUUAACACUGUCUGAAAAGAUCUAUUAAGAAGAAGGAAGUUCACAAUAAGGCUUAGGUGGAAUUAAGUAAUUGCUGUUGAUUUUGAAGAUACUGUUCCAAUAUGGCCUGACAGCAAACUGUCAAGGAGUGUAUUUAGCAUUUUAAUUCUCCUGUGUGGAGCAGGAUGUUCUGUAUUGUAAACCAGACAGUAACGAAUGUUGUUCCUCUGAUGUAUUUUAUGAUGUGGACAAUUUGUGAUAUAGCUAUUCAUUAAAAAUCUGAUUUUAACAAUA